AUGGCAUCUGUCAAUAUUUAUCCCCCCAGGAAAGCACCCCCGGCCUCAGACAGCCUACUACCUCCCCUCAUCACGACACCCUCCGGACUUGCACUGCUCGAGAUGCAGGGAACUAUCAACCUGCCCCCAGUCACUCUCAACGAAGACAACAGCCAAUCUGAGCCAGAGUUUCCCAUUGGGAAAGUCGUCUUCCCUGACUAUCACCCAGACACCCUAGACGGCAGUACGGCAUGGAUGAAACGCGUCUUCCUUUACGUUGGCCAGCACCAGAGGCUUCACGGCGAAGUCAAGAAGCUCCCCAAGGCCAUGGCUAUCAUUCGGCGGAGGGGAGAGACAACUUCCGGCAAGGAUGGCGAGAAGGAGGAGGAGCUCGAAGUCGCCGAGGUCGUCAAGUACAAAAUUAUGUUCGGAAACCGACCUGAGCCAGUUAGCACGGAGGUCUCGUAG